CUCACGGACAUCUCAUUACUACUAGGUAAACAGCAUGAGUCCCCAAAGCCCAGCAUGCCAACUCAGCGGUACACAACUCGUUCAUGGUGAUCACGGACCAGGAAGCGAAGUAGCUCCUUCUAUCUCUGUCACCACGACAUUCCGAGCUGUGCCUCAUGGCGACCCCGAGGGGCUUGGAGCGAUGAAUCCCGAGAAACAUAUCUAUUCCCGCUAUUCGCAAGAUGUCACGUCGAGGGUGGAACAAAUCUUGAACAAAGUUAAUCAAGGACAUGCAAUCACCUAUGCAUCAGGAUUGGCUGCUGCAUUUUCUGCUCUUGUCCACUUCAAACCCAAACGCAUUGCGAUUUCCGGAGGAUACAUGGGCUGUCACGGCGCCAUAUCCACUUAUAUCAAAGGGAGGUUUGCUGAUACCCCAAUGAUUGGCUUAGACGACGAAUUCCAAGAGGGAGAUCUCUGCUGGGUUGAGAGCCCCUUAAACCCUACCGGCGAAUCGAGAAACAUCAAAUAUUACUGCGGACAAGGGAAGUUAUUGAUAGAUUCGACCUUUGGUCCUCCGCCUCUUCAGUACCCAUUCAAAUGGGGGGCAGACUGUGUAUUUCACUCCGGAACCAAGUACUUUGGAGGCCACUCAGAUUUGCUCUGUGGAAUUAUUAUCGUCAAGACAGAGGCUGAACGUGAACAGCUCUGGCACGAUCGUGUAUACAUGGGAAAUAUGAUGGGGUCCCUGGAAUCUUGGCUUUUAUUACGGUCCCUUCGAACGAUGCAUCUGCGCAUCCCAAGGCAAUCGGCAAGUGGCACGGAAAUCGCACAAUGGCUUAGCAGGGCCGUUGUUCCAGAGGGCCAGGAGUACGAUGGUAUUCCUGGUGGGGUGAUCACCAAAGUUUGGCACUCUAGCCUUCAGGAGACUGAUGCUAAUGGGUUUAACCCUUCGGUACAAAUGGAAGGUGGAUUCAAUGCCUGUUUCUCGAUCUUGCUUUCAAAAGAAGAGUAUGCAGAGAAACUUCCGCACUCACUGGAGUAUUUUGUGCCGGCGACCAGUCUUGGUGGUGUUGAGUCUUUGGUAGAGCACCGCAUCAGGGCGGAUCCGAAGGAAAAUCCCCUUCUCGUACGCCUGAGCAUUGGUGUAGAAGAUGUAGCAGAUCUGAAGGACGACUUGCGAAAGGCACUCGUGGAGAUAUCGAAAGGAAUUUAGAACGAACAGUGCAUGGAUGUCAUACCAUUUGUGAAACCUGGUUACUCAAGGUGACAAGCCUGGAAGCUGGAAAUUGGCUGGAACAGUGGAAGUACAAACUAGUCUUUAGUUGGAAAUGAGUUUGGUUGUAUUGCUUUCAGAAGGCUUUGCCAAACAGAAGUACACAGAAUCCAUC